AUGGGGGGCAGCCUGAGCCUCGUGCCGGUGCUCGACUACUUCGCCCGCCGCGAGUGCCUCGGCGCCGGCCUCCGCCAGAACGCCGUCACGCUCCCGUACCCCGACGGCGGCGCCGGUGCAACCUGCACCGUCCAGUACUGGGCUCCACAGGGGGAGCCGCAGCUCCCGCCGCUCCUGCUGGUCCACGGCUUCGGUCCCCGGGCCGCCUGGCAGUGGCGCUGCCAGGUGGGCCCGCUCUCGCGCCACUUCCACGUCAUCGUCCCCGACCUCCUGGGCUUCGGCGGCAGCUCGUACCCGUCCGAGACGACGGCGCCGCCGCCGACGGAGGCGACGCAGGCCGCGGUCCUCGCGGCGCUGCUGGACGCGCUGCCCGGGAUGGAGGGCCGGCGCGUGGCCGUGGCGGGCACCAGCUACGGCGGUUUCGUGGCGUACUGGCUGGCGCGCGCCGCGGGCGCCGCGAGGGUGGGCCCCGUGGUGAUCGCGAGCUCCAACCUGCUGAAGACGGCCGCCGACGACAGGGCGUUCCUGAAGCGCGCCGGCGAAGGGUGGGGCGGCGUGGACGAGAUCCUCCUCCCCGCCGAGCCCGCCGCGCUGCGGAAGCUCCUGGAGCUGGCCUCCUACCGCCCGCCACCGCGGCUGAUGACGCCGGACUUCCUGCUCCGUGACUUCAUCCAGAAACUUUUCACGGAGAACAGGGAGCGGCUUGUUCAUAUCCUGAAGGGGAUUACGGUCGGCACUGAUAAAUUUCAAGUGACACCAAUAUCUCAGAAAGUGUUGAUUGUAUGGGGAGACCACGACCAGCUGUUCCCGAUGGAGAAGGCGUUUGCAGUUCAGAGGGCUCUGAACGGGAGCACUAGACUGGAGGUCAUAAAGAAUACAGGCCACGCUCCUCAGCUGGAGGAUCCUGCUCGCUUCAACAAGAUCAUGCUGGACUUUCUGCUGGCUUCUCACAAGCCUGAUCCAUCGGUUAAUCCUAGCUCGCAGUAA